AUGGACACCAAAAUGGCUACUGACUCUCCACCUAUGACUACGAGUGAGCUAGAGGAACUACAAGGAGCCAAGCCACCAGACAACAAAGAGGAACUCGAGAAAUUCGUCCGUUGGAGGAUACAACAAUACAAAAUACACAAAUUUACCACACUCUCUGACGUCUUUGCUGACGACUUUGCCCUAUACGUCAGAGAGGACUUCGAGGUUCUUAGCAAGGACGCCAUUACCAGCCUACGAGAUUGCCUACGGGCCAAUGGAGCCUAUGUUAAGGAAAGGAAGAGGACUCUCGAUGGCCAAAGAAUUAGCAGACGUAAUCAAGGAAGAGAUCCCAUGGCCAUCAGACGACGAAGGCCGUCCCCCACCAAAACCAUCUCAUUACUACCCUCAGCAACCGUUUCAAUCAAUGCAGGAACAACAGCCUUAUCGACCGGAGAACACUAUUCCUCUCCCCCGCAAACACCUUAUCAACCAAUUGUCGAAGAUACCACUCCAGUCCACCUUCCCCCCACUCCAAUUGUCGAGGAUACCACUCCAGUCCACCCUCCCUCCACUCCAAGCGACGGCCCUCCACAUUACCGAGUCCCACACCUACUACCCUCGCCCUACCAAGUCAUUCAAGACUUCGAGAUCAAGGAACAGGCCGUUGCAGAGGAUUCUUUGAAGAGCACUACGAUGAAGAGCAUUACAAGCAGCAGCCCUGUCAACACGAGCCAACUCUCUGCGGUUCUACGUCCGCGCACUAUAUCGAUCCUCAGAGAGUCUACUUUCUCGCUCAGCACCGCUCGAAUUCAGCAUACUCCAAAUCUCGCUCCACCUUUCGCCUCCCAGCAUGCUCAUUUUCUCGCUCCACUUUUCGCCUCCCAGCAUAGUCAUUUUCUCGCCUCUUGGCUCGCCUCUCCGCUCGGCUACAUUCGUGAUACGGAGAAGCGGAAGGCUAUAGGCCAAGGAUAG